UUUUCUUUUACUGCGCGAGUAGCAAAGGAAAAAGAGAGAUUAAUUAGAACAAUGAAUCCGUACCUCCAUGAUUGGAACGUUUUCCGUCGGUCAUAGUUAAAGGUAUCUCAUGAUUCACACGUCUAUAUAAAAAGGCUUGUUUAGUUCAUAAGUUCAGGAACCUGAAGCUCCAAAAGAUCGGGUGGGAAAGAAACAGAGUUCCGGCAGGCAUAGAAGGUAAAGUCAGGAUUUUGAGCGUUAUUUUGUUGUCGUUGGCCAUCAACAAUUGGGUGGUCAGGGUAAUGGGAAAGAAGGAGGGAUAUGCAAGCGAGCUAGACCCCAAAGUGUUGAAGCUGAAGAAAGAGAAGCUCACCCAUUUUCACUUGUACUGGCACGACACAGUGGGCGGGAGAAACCCAUCGAGCGUGGCAGUAUUGCCAUCGCUGAAGAACGGGUCGACGUUGGGGCUGAUGCACAUGUUCGACAACCCAUUAAGCGUCGGGCCUGACCUUAAGAAGUCGGAGCUGGUUGGGAGGUCGCAAGGGAUUUAUGCUUCUACUGCACUAGACCAGACCAGCAUCACCAUCUUGGGCCGCAACGCCAUCCUCCUGAGGGUUCGUGAAUUGCCCAUCAUCGGUGGCAGUGGCCGCUUCCGCUUCGCUAGGCUAUGCUCUUGCCAAAACUUGCUAUUUCAACCCCGCCACUUUUGAUGCCAUCGUCCAGUACGAUGUUUAUGUCUUGCAUUAUUGAUUUCUUGUCAUUAUUCUCCAUCUCUGCUUUAAUCUUAUCACUAAAAAUAUCAGCUUCUCGUGUCACGUGUUUGUAAUUAAAUUAAUAAAUGUUUUCUUAAGACCCUAACUGUGCUUUGGCUUUACCAUUCAUAGGAACCA